GAUUUCAGUGUCAAUGAUAACCAUAAUCAUAACCAUAAUAAUAAUAAUAUCAAUAAUGAUAAUAAUAAUAAUUUGAAAAUGAAUUGGAAUCCAUUUUUUGAUAAUAUGAAUCAAACAAAUAAUCAUGCACUUUUAUUACAUCAUACAAAUAUAACAGAUGAAAAAUUUUCCCGUCGAUUGAUUGGACGGAAUUGCUCGGUCUCAGGUUGACAUAUUGGCUUCUUAUGCAGAUGCUUCGACGAUGCCUGGGCAUUUAAUUAGAAUUUAAUUGAUGGAUGGUGACUAGCAGUGGAAUCCAAGAUGCACAUUUCGUCCUAUUUGGGACUCAUCAGCUGGAUGGGCACGGGGUUUGAGCCUCGGUGGGAACAUCACUACUCACUGGG